AUGGCUCCUGUCGCCGUGACCGAAGCAGCGCCCGUGUCUGCGCCCGCCACCAAGCUCAACGGCACCAGCGAGAUGAACGGCACCUCCUCCUUCGGGCCCAACACGUCCGCCGUGCUGCACGGUGCCAAGGACCUGCGCAUUGAAGAGCGAGCCUAUGUGGCGCCCUCGGGCGACGAGGUGCAGGUGCGCAUUCGCGCCACCGGCCUGUGCGGAUCGGACCUGCACUACUACCUGCACGGACGCAACGGCGACUUUGCGCUGCAGCACCCCAUGUGUCUGGGCCACGAAUCGGCAGGCGAGAUCGUCGCACUUGGUCCUGACGUCGCCGCCGCGACGGGGCUGGCGGUGGGCGAUAGGGUUGCGAUUGAGGCGGGGCGAUUCUGUGGCUCGUGUGGCAAGUGUCGCGAUGGAAGGUACAAUCUGUGCAAGCAGAUGCGCUUUGCGUCGUCGGCCAAGACGUUUCCGCACCUGGACGGGACGCUGCAGAAGUACAUGAACUGGCCCUCGUGGCUGGUGCACAAGCUGCCUGCCAAUGUCUCGCUCACCAGCGCCGCACUCUGCGAGCCGCUCUCCGUGGUUCUUCAGGGCAUCCGUAGGAGCCAGUUGCAGCCGGGUCAAAGCGUACUUGUGUAUGGUGCGGGUGCGGUGGGUUUGUUGGCUUGUGCGGCUGCCAAAGCUUCGGGUGCUGGAUUCGUUGCUGCGGUCGAUAUCGAUGCGGGUCGACUGGAGUUUGCGGCUGCAAAUGGGUGGGCGGAUGCAACCUACCUCCUCCCCCGUGCACCUCCUACCGAGUCGAAUGGAUCGACUGAAGAGUUGGAUGCACGUGCUCGUAGGACAGCCGAAGACAAAGCCGCGAUCUCUUCCGCCUCGACCUCUGCCCAAACCCUGCUCUCUUCCCUCUCGACCCCACAGCCCUCCACCACCGAGUACGCCGUGCAGCCGGCACCGCUGGAUUUGCGCAGUGACGGAUUCGACGUGGUGUUCGAAUGCACCGGUGUGCCCGCCUGCGUCCAGACGGGCAUCUUCGCCACCAAGGCCGGCGGAAAGAUGGUCCUCAUCGGCAUGGGGAACCCCAUCCAAACGCUUCCCAUCGGCUCAGCAAGUCUGCGCGAAGUGGAUAUCGUCGGCGUCUUCCGAUACGCAAACACCUACCCCACCGCCCUCGCCCUCCUUGCAGGUGGAACCCUCCGCGCCCAAGGAGGUGGCCUCCACGCACAAGCCACCCCCUCCAACUCCAUCGAGGGCAAAGGAAGCGCAAGGAAGAUGGGCGGUAUCGAAAACUUGGUCUCCCACACCUACCCCCUCGCCCAGUCCGCUACCGCUUUCCAAACCCUCGCAAACGGAAAAGACGCAAACGGAAGAGGCGUCGUCAAGGUCUUUAUCACCGACGACGAACCCUAA